AUGCUUUCGCACCAGCUGAACUUUGAUAGUAGUCACCUGGAUGACCCCCAAAUCCUCGAUGGCCAGCCAGCCGGGUUGUCCCGGAGUGUCAACGAGGCCAGCUUUCGUCCACUGGCCUUCCCCGGUUUUCGUAAGGGUGUUCUGCGGGACCGCUGUUACGAUGGUCAACGCGACCCCCGUGGCGAGGUGCUUUACGGUGGCCUGGGCUGCCUUUCCGACACCCGGGUUGCUUCCCAAAGUAAGGUCCUCAGCCUGUUCGAUCCCUACAGACGCGAUGCCAGCGAGCUCGCCGACUGUCUGGUUGGUUGGAAUCGUGGCCGCUGGGACGACCGAUCGGCCGGUAGCCUCGAGACUUUGGAAUUUAUCUUCCGAUUCAGCGGCUUGAGAAAAUUUUCUGCUCUGUACCUGCAUGUCGUGAAUUUACCCUCCCAGCAGAUAACAUUUCCCCAUCGAAUUGAGGCUACCUUUAGUGUGACCGGCCUCACAUUUUCCGGGGAUCCCGAUUUGGUGUUGGAACUGGACUUAAAUGCCACUUCCGUCUUGCCCACAGUCAAGAUCGACUUGCGUCAAAGGGUCGGACAGUAUAUACAGCUCAGGUUCUUCUUCGCAGCCCAAUGGAUCGUACUAAGCGAGCUUCGGUUUGUUAGUAAGUUGCUGCUCCGGGGGAAUAACCUUCUCCGGCUCCUCAUUGGCCACGAAGGCGCCGUAAAUCCAAGGAACCCGGGAUUCGCCUUUGGUUGUCAGGAGUAUUUUGAUGUUAUGUUCUACUUGGGAAUGUGA